UGUCCCGGGGAGCGGAGCACCCCUCCCGUGGCCCCUGCACCCGCUGCCCGCCGGCGGGGCCGCCGCGGGGCCGCGCCACCUUAAACCCGACAUCCGCCGGGCGCGGAGCCCUGCGCCGAGCCGCCGUCCCCGCCGGCAUGGCAGGGCUGUGCGGGGUAUCGCCCGCCUCUCUGCUUGCACCCUGAGCUCUCCUGCUUGCACCCCAAGAUCCGUGCUUGCACGCUGGGGUCUCCUGCUUGCACCCCGCAGUCUCCCGCGUGCACCCUGAGGUCCUUGCGUGCACCCCGCGAUCCCCUGCUUGCACCCGGAGAUCCCUGCUUGCACGCUGACGUCCCCUGCUUAUUCCCAGCAGCUCCCUUUUUGCCCUCUGAGGUCCUUCGCUUGCACCCCACAGUCCCCCGCUUGCACCCCAACAUCCCCACUUGCACCCUGAGGUCCCCGCCUGCCGCCGAGCCCGACCAGCCUGGUGGCGGCUGCCGGUGGCAGGUCCCUGUGCUUGGCCAAGGCAGGCUACGCUGGGGGUCAGCAGCCACCGGAAUCACCAUGGAGUUCUCCGAACUGAUCAAGACGGCGACAGUGGAGAGCGUGCUGCUGUCGUGCACGGGGCUGCCGGCGGUGAAGGGCACCCUGUGCAUCACCAGCCACCACCUGCUCCUCUCCUCCUGCCCUGGCGGGGACGCCCAGCCGGGCACUGUGGAGCUCUGGCUGCUCAUCCGCAACGUGGAUGCCGUGGAGAAGAGAGUGCAGAAUUUAGGCUGGUACCAGCCCCCCCGGAAUAAUGGCUCGCUGCGGGACACCAGGCUCGCUGGCUCCUCCGGCACCAUCACGCUCCGCUGCAAGGACCUGAAGGUGCUGCAGCUGGAGAUCCCGGGCAUGGAGGAGUGUCUCAACAUUGCCAGCUCCAUCGAGGCUCUCUCCUCGGUGGACUCCGUGAUGAUGAUGUACCCGUUCUUCUACAGACCCGAGAGCCUGAAGCUCGAGGAAGGAUGGCACCUUUUCCCCCUCGAGCAGUACUUCCAGCAGAUCGCCUCGCAGACGAGCCAGUGGCGGCUGAGCGACGUGAACCGGGAUUUCACCACCUGCCCCACGUACCCUCCCGCGGUCAUCGUGCCGGCGGCGGUGGACGAUGACAGCUUGCGGAAGGCUGCCCGUUUCCGGCAGGGCGGGCGAUUCCCCAUCCUCAGCUAUUACCACCCCAACAACGGCACUGCGAUGCUCCGCAGCAGCCAGCCGCUGACAGGCCCCAACCGAAAGCGCUGCCGUGAGGACGAGAUGCUGCUGGGGACGGUCCUGGACGAGGGGGAACGGGGCUUUAUCAUCGAUACACGGUCGGCCCAGGCAGCAAAGCAGGCUCGGAUGACGGGAGGGGGCACAGAGCCCAAGUCCUCCUACCCACAGUGGAGGAGGCUGCACCGGCCCCUGGAGAGAGGCCGCCCAUUACAGGAGAGCUUCAUUAAGCUGGUGGAAGCCUGCAACGACACCUCGCUGAACAUGGACCGGUGGCUGAGCCGGCUGGAGAGCUGCCGCUGGCUGAGCCACGUCAAGGCGGCCCUGAGCACGGCCUGCCUGGCUGCACAGUGCAUGGACAGGGAGGAGGCCAGUGUGCUGGUGCAUGGGGCGGAGGGGACAGACACGACGCUGCUGGUGACAGCGCUGGCCCAGGUCAUCCUGGACCCGUCCUGCCGCACGCUGGUGGGCUUCCAGGGGCUGCUGGAGCGGGAGUGGAUUGAGGCCGGCCACCCCUUCCACCUCCGCUGCGCCCGCUCUGCCUACUCCCACGCCCGGCUGAAGCAGGAGGCACCGCUUUUCCUCCUCUUCCUUGACUGCGUGUGGCAGCUGAGCCGCCAGUUCCCCUUCUCCCUGGAGUUUGACGAGCGCCUCCUCCUCACCCUCUUCGACAACGCCUACGCCUCUGCCUACGGCACCUUCCUCUGCAACAACGAGAAGGAGAGGUGCCUGUGUAAAGUGAAGGAGAGCACACACUCCCUCUGGGCCUGGUUGAACCAGCCUGGGGAGAGGAAGAAGUACCUGAACCCUCUUUACUCACACAACACCUUGGUCAUCUGGCCCUCCGUGGAGCCCCAGAGCAUCCAGCUCUGGCAGGGUUUAUUCUUCCGAUGGAUCCGUUCAUCCCAGUACCUGGACGAGGCCUGGGCAGAGAUCCAGCGGUUAGCAGAGGGCAACGACCCCCCGGUCAAGGAGAGCACAGGGAACAGGCUAAGCCAGUCUCUCUCUGACCCCGCUGCCCAGACGGAGAACGAAAGAUGACCGGCAGUGUGGGCAAUUCAGUCCCCGCAGGCUGCUGGGCCAAGGUGACGCUGCAGCUUUCCGCGGGAUGCGCUGUGCAGGACACAGGCCCUGCGGAGCCCGGAGGACAGCUCUGGGAGAGGAGAGACUCCCUUCCGCAGCCUCCAGGCUGCACAGACUGAGCUUGUUUCAGUAAAGUGCUCUCUCUCGCAGCCGAA